AAACUCUUUCCCCUUCCAUUAAUUGCAAACUCUCUCUCAAAAAAAGAAAGCUGAGUUCAACAAUGGGGAAGAAGAAGAUGAUGAAGCUCUCUUCUCUCUUCAGAGGCGUCUCCGGUGGAUUACUGGCGGUUCCUCUCUGCUACAAUGCCAAGACUCUUUCGUUCCGAGUCGGCGACGACAUGAUCAAGACUGUUAACUCUGUCUUCUUCGACAACAAUGGCGGAGGAGGAGGAGAUGUGUUAGAAGCCGAAAGGCCUGAGUCGUGGUUCACGAACUCGUCCGAGACGGCGAGUCACUCAACCGAGUCGGAUCAAGACCUCGACGCUGAAUCGUUGGAGAUGGUUGUUAGAGGAGUCGUUAGAUCGGAGCGGCUGUUCUUCGAUCCGGGAGUCACCUGCUCGAUCCUCGAGAAAUCGAAAUCGGAAUGCGAUUCGAAAUCCAAGGCCGCGGCGGCGGUUAUAUCGGAGGAUCGGGAUUGUAGUAGUAUCUACACGCCGCCGAUCGAGGACAUCAGCGUCCCGGUGGCGAUGGAGUCCGACGAUCCGUACGGAGAUUUCCGGCGAUCGAUGGAGGAGAUGGUGAGGAGCCACGGCGAGCUGGCGAAGGAUUGGCGGAGCUUGGAGGCGAUGCUCGCGUGGUACUUGAGGAUGAACGGGAAGAGGAGCCACGGCGUGAUCGUGAGCGCAUUCGUCGAUCUCCUCUCGGGGCUCUCUGACUCCGGAGCCGGAGCCGGAGCGUCGUCGGUGUCUGACUCGGCUCGUUACUCAACCGCCGUAUCUUCUUUGCCGACGUCGCCGUUAUGUUCGUCGUCUCGAGGUCAGACGGAGAUCGAAGAAGAAGAGAGACGAAGCUGUUAAAAAACUUUUUUAAGAUUUGUUUUUUACCGGAUUAACUUUUUGGACGCUGUAAAAACGUAAGUAGUCGUUAGAUGAAAGCUAUAUAGUAGUUAGAGCCUUUUGUUAACUUUAAUAUUAUCGUGUGCCCUUUUGUUCGCUGCUGUGUAAUAAUUAAUUUGUGAGUUUCAGACAACAAAAAAUCUCUAACAAUUGAAACUAACUAGUUUCUAUAUAAACAUUAGUUCAUAUUAA